UGGACUCCGAGAGCUCUCUCUUUCUCGGCUUUCACUUCGAAAACGCAUUCAAUAAACCCUAACUCCCGUCUUCCUCUCUGAAACCCUCGUCUCGUUUCCAAUGGAACUGCCGGAAUCCUUCAUCGGCAGCUACCACCGGGGAGUCGUCGGCGGCCAGUUAGGGCCGGAGAAGCAAGGGGACCACUUCGUCGUCGAGGACCUUCUCGAUUUCUCCAACGAGGAUGAAGACGAAGAGGAGGCCUUCAUCGGCACCGACGUUUACGAAACCAUCGCCGGGAACUCAGCGGAUUCAUCGUCGGUGUCCGUAAUCACCGCCGUGGAUAGCUGUAACUCCUCCUUCUCCGGCCCUGACGCCAGUUUCCCCUCCGAAUUCCGCUUCUCCGGCGACCUCUCCGAGCCGGCGUUUGAUGAGCUCGCGGAGUUGGAAUGGAUAACGAAUUUGGGGGAAGAGACGUUCUCCAGCGAGGACAUCGAGAAGCUUCAUCUCAUCUCCGGCGUCAAGUCAUCAUCCUCCGGCACGGUGUCGGCGCCGAGCUCAGCCACGGGGACGCCGGCGCGUGGGAGAAUGCGCAGCAAGCGAUCGCGCGCGGCGAACGUCUCGUGGUCAUCGCGCCUCCCGAUUCUCUCAAGCUCAUCCUCAGAAUUGGAACCCAUCGCUGUGGCGGCACCGCCGCCUCCGCUGCCGCAGCCGAAGCCGGUGAAGAAGAAGGAUUUUUUUCGACGGCGACGGUGA